CUUUAACCCCUUGAUAUAAAUGAAAAUGCCAAUACUUUGAAACCAUGGUAACUACAGUCGUAUCUUCAGAAGGAGGCCUUUUCAUAACAGAGUUGAGUCAGAAAUAAAAAGAGCAGUGAAUUCAGUGUUCUUGUUAUUCGAAUACAUGGGUCUUUAUCUGCCUUUGAUGAAUAAAGUUAAAUCUUAGAAAUGACAGAACAGAGAGAUAGUCUAGUUGAAAAUAGUACACCAAGUCAGGUAGAGGGUAUGAUUGUUUCAAAAAUGUCUGUUGAUGGAACAGAAAGGCCGCCGAAAUCUGCAGACUCUUCAAGCUCAAUUGUGUCAAAUUUUAGUGCUACCAGUGAUGGCGAAAGCUCGUUAAAAAAGGUUGCAACUGAAGACAUCAUGCAAAGAAGAAUGACAGUCAUGAACUCUUUUAGAAUUGGUUCAUCAAGUCCAGGGUCUAGGCCCAGCACUUCGGGGUACCGGAGACGGACCCCAGUUCCGCAUUUGAUCGAACGAAUAGUACUUGAAAGAGCCAACGAAUUACACAAACUGGCAUCACAAGCUCUGGAAAAUGAAGAUUUUAUUAAUGCUUUGUCUUAUUUAAACAAAGCAGUUGUUCUUGAUCCUGAAAAUUGUGACUUAUAUACAGAAAGAGGAGAAGCAUAUUUCCAGAUCUCUGAUUUCCAAUCUGCAAUUCUAAACUACAAGCAAGCAUGCAUUUUGCAGCCUGACUGUGAGCGGUAUUUUUCCAGACUGGCAUUCAUGUACUAUUUAAAAGGGCAAACAUUUUUUGAUGAAGAAAAUUAUGAAGAUGCUUUGGAAUGUUUCUCAAAAGCAAUAGAGCUUCAGCCUAAUUUUCUUGGAUUUCACACAAGAAGUAUUGCAUGCCUCGCUGCAUUACAGAGGCACGGAGAAUGCUUGGCAUUGGUCAACAAGAGAAUUGAAAUCGAAAAAGACAACGCAGAUCUCUACUUGAUGAGAGCAAGAAUUCACAACACAUUUAGAAAUGAUUCUUUGUACUAUUUUGAUGUAGUGGACGCUCUCAGGUUGGACCCAGGCCAUAAAGAAGCCAAAGAGAUGCUUGAUGGUAUCGAGGCAAGAUCAAAAGGGUACAAAUCACAGGCGAUGCGUCUCGAUUUGAUGGGAAAAACUGAUGAUUCGAUCGUCAAAAUUUCCUCUGCGAUCGAUGUGGAUCCAUCAUUUGCUCAGUAUCACGUCUACAGGUCAGCUCUACUUCGGCGAAAUCACGAGUUUGUUGCUGCUGUAGAUGAUCUGCUAAUGGCGAUGGACAAAACGAAACAUGACGAAGGCCACCCUGUCUACAGAGAGGCACAAAAUCAACUUUUGCUGACAUACAAUGACUUUGCAGUUGAUUGCUUCACCAAAGGCUUUUACGAGGAGGCAAUAGUCUUGCUCAACAAAGCGAUCAAGUGUGAAAAGUCAGAAAAGCGACUUUACAUGAACCGUGGUGAUUGCUUUUAUAAAACAAAGGAACUACACUUUGCUUUGUCCGACUAUUUGGAAGCCCUGGAGAUUGACCCAACCAAUUCGACUAUUAAAUCCCGGUUAGCUGCUGUCUAUAACGACUUGGGGAUACUCGAAUACCAUGAAAGGCGUUAUCAGCAAGCAGAGGAAUUCUUUUCCGUCGCAAUCAGCUAUAACCCGAGUAUAUCUUCAUACUACGUGUCCAGAGCGAGGACGAGAUACAUGCUCGAGACGCAUGAGAAUGCACAAAUUGAUGUCCUAUCGGCCUUGCAUAUCGACAUUAACAACAAGGAAGUAAUUUCACUGUUCACCAGGUUGUUUCCUGGAAACACUACCACAGAGGCUUUGAAUACAAGGCUUGGAGAGAUGGUUGGAAUCGCACUAACAUCAGUAAUAUCUGAUAUAAUUGAGGACAGUUCAGUUGAGUUCAAUCAAAGUCCAUCCCGAACUUUUUCACCAAAAAGUGUUUUGCCUGGCAUAAGAAAACUUUCAGUCAAUGAUUCUAAUGAAUUGAUAAAAUCCUGCAUGAGCGAAAAUGAAAUAACUUCAAAUGUUAUUAAAGGGAAGAAAAAGGUCAAUGAUUUGGUUGAGAGUGUGAUACAUUCAAGACAGAGUUUAGCCUUCACCGGACCACGUGUCAAAGGGCAGGGGCUUCUUGCCAUAGAACUACCGACAUGGGCUGACAAAACUAAGCUAACGAACCCUACUGUUAGGAAAGACCCCUCUUUGUCUCCAGAUAUUACGAAGAAACAAAAGCAUUCGAAAGCUAAAGCGAUCACUUUCUUAAAAGCGUAAUAUCAUUUUGUAUUAUUCUGUAUAGUUGGGAUAAGAUAUCUUUGAAAUAUUGUCAAGUUAUAAUUAUUCUAUGACUACUUCGUUCAACUGAUGAUUGUUUCUUGAUGUAUCCAAGCAUAAAAUUGCUGGGAGACGUCUCAGCUAACAUUGUCCGGGACUGUAGAUGCAGAUCGAAAGUCACGCGAGCAGAAGAACAACCUGUUUGAUUGGCUCCUUGCUUUCUUAUUGAUUUUUUAAGAAAUUCGGGUCAGAUUGCCCGCUAAUUCACCAUCGACUGUGUUGGGUAAAAAGGGAAAUGAAUUUAACCCCGAAUUUAGUUGAAUAAACAACGAAAGAAGCAUUCUUCAAGCGAGCAUGUAAAAAAUAAGAAGGUUUGAGCAGUCUUUCAUUGUUUGAAAGCUUCGUUUACGCCUUGCAACAUCCAAGGUUCAUUAACACCUUAUGCUGUCAGGCAGCUGUUAUGUUCUAUAUAAGCUCUGUUUGACUAUAGACAAAUCUACAAAAAAACCUUUUUCUAUAUCAUAAUGUAUUCUUUAUUUGUUCUGUGCAAUUUCUGAUCAUUUAGACCAGGGUCUUCUUCGAUAUUUAUUUUUUACUGCAAUUUUCUUUGUGAUUCUACCUUGUUUUUUCACCAAACAUUUUCAGAGAGUUUGCUUUUUAUCUCUAAAACCUGCUGAAAUAGUGUCUUCUUCUUAUCCAUUAGCUAGAAAAAUGUAUUUCAUUUUUUCCAGCUCAGAAUCAAGUUUACCUUAGUGGAAUAAGUCUUUGCCCUGUAGGCCAAGGUGCAGAUCAGCAUAGUUUCCUUUGCUGAAGACUGCAGGAUGCCAACGAAUAAGAUAACCAGUAAGGCCCUGCUCACACUGUGCCGGAUGAAUUUUAUCCGCAUAAAGUUUAUUCUAUGCCGAACAAAUUUGCCGAACACUAUGCCGAACAAAUUUUGUUCACAUUGCCCUCCCGUUUGCACAGUGCCGGAUAACUACAGUCACGUGACCUGAAUCAUGCACCUAACGCGCAAGACAAAGUGCCGCCAAAAUGCCGACUGUGCAAAGACUUUUUAUUCACCUUUCCGAAUCAACUGUUUCUCGUUCAGACGAAGUCCGAGAAAAUUGUUAAAGCACAUGAGACCUAGAUAGUUUUAAUAAUUCUUUGUUUGAAGCAAAAAGUCGCAGAAAUGGCAAACAAAGCUGGGAAAGCUGACAAGGACACCAAUUUCACGUGGACUAACGAAAAGACUGCACUUUUAAUUCAAGUGGUUAUCGACUUCAUGACAGCAAAGGUGGCUAUUUCUUUAUCUACAGAAGCUUCAAGUUUGUUUAAAAGUGUGUUUUGCUUCUUUUUUCUGAAUCAGGAUCUGCAUGUAAUUGAGCGAUUUGAAAUAGUGCAUGUAAUUUCGAGCAUAAGUGCAGGGUAAAGAGAGAUCAGAAAGGGAAUUUCGUUCGAAAAAAUAAACGUUUUAAAGAAGACAGCAAUGUAGUGAGAAAAUUAGGUAAAAAGACGAUGGGCCUUCUCCACUGAGAGAAAUAGAUGCACAUUGGGGUAAAAUUUGGAAACUUUUGAAGCAUCACGAUAAAUCGACAGCAAAGUUUCAAGUGAACUUGGUGCUAGGUCGGUAAGGUCCCAGUAUAACGAACUAAAUGUCCGGUCCUUAGAUUCUGCCUAACAAACUCCUUACAAAUUCUCUCGGUAAAACGAGCCCUGGAUAUAACGAUCUCUCGUUAUUACGAACCAAAUAUUGGGUCCCUUCGUCAUAAUUACCCUCGAUAUAACGAACUUUUCAUAAACUCUUCAUCCGCUUUUUAUACUUCAUUACUUGGGAAACCAUUAUUGUCAUCAGAAAAACAUGCCGAUGAUAAAAUUCAAGCACUGGCUGAUAGACUCAGAGCACGAGAUGAACGUUUGAUUGCCUCAGAAAUUAAUGCGAAUGAGUAUAUUUACACUAACGAAUGUCUUCUUACAUAUGAGACAUUGGCAAUGAGCGAUGACAAAACUUUAUUGAGAGACUCAGACCCAGAUAGAAGACAUCAUUCAGGCACCAACAAAGAGCAAAGUGAUACCAACUUUGCCAAUCUCUUGGUCCCAAAUUAUAAGAGGAACAUUAAGAUUGUCAUUUUCAAUGACAAGCCAGUUGUAUUAAUUGAAUUCAGCUUGGUUUUUUGGAGAUAAAUGUACACAGAGGUUGGAGAUAUCUCUCGGUAUAACGAACUCGGGAUAUCACGAACUAUUUUCUGGUUCCCUUUAGAGUUCGUUAUAUCAGGACUUCACUGUAAUUAUCAUGCUUGGUAUGGUUUCAAAACAGAACAUGUCAUAUUUAUCGCUAAAAGAAUUCGCUCCCGUCGAACUUUUGUUUCUUUUUUGUCGUUAAUUGUCUUAAUGAUUAAAACAUCAUAGGUUUCAGCGCAUCACAUUUUCGGCUCCUAUGCUGCGCGCUAUUGAAGACUCACUAUGGGCGUAAAGCCAAGUUGUUAUAUAUAGCUCAACUGUUUGAACGUUCUGAAGUAACAGCUCACACGAAGUCAUUAUUUUUUCACAGAAAUUAUCUAGGUCAUAAAGAUUGUCCACAAAAUGCAUUAAAAUGCUGUGAACCACCCUUGGAUGUAAAUUUUGCCUUUGCCCAUAUGACUUUCUCAUUGGUUCAGACAAAUGGAUUGAAUAAUUGAUAUAAACAAUAGGAGCUUAGACAAGUCUCUCUAACAAUAUACAGACUAGCAACAUAAUAUAUAUGGUCAAACUAUAAUCGCUAUAAUAUGGGAUACAAAACAUAUCGUCAUUAAAAUGUGUUUAUUUUUAUUAUCCAGGCUAAAUUAAUGUUUUGGCUUCAUUUUAUGUAAUUCUUGAAUUGGGUAGAUGAACCAGGAUUUGGCUAAUUAAAAUUUGGCAUCAUAUGCACAUGCGCAGUUAAAGCCGAUGUCAUUACGUCACUGAUCUUUUUGUUCACAACAUGAUCAAUUGAAGUAAACAUCUCAUUUUCACUUAAUUUGUCAUGUUUUAAGACAGAAGCCCAUCAGCUACAUGCAAAGAAAAUAUUAUAGAUAAAUCGAUAGAUAAACAUGUUGAAAUGUUAAAAAAUUGCUGGUCUUUUUAAGUCUCGUUCUCCGGGAAGUAUGCUUAUUAUGCAGGAAUUUCAUCAGUUUCCAUUCAAAAAUAGUAAUUGUGGAACAAAUUUCAACGGAUGAGAAAUUUUGAGAAAUUCAGCUUUUGCCUUGGGGUGUCUUUGACACCAGACAGACGAAAAGAAGUAUCAGAAUUUGAUGGCUCACGCACUUUGCUUUUCUCCUGUUUGCAUAGGAAUGAGUCAGUAAGGAGUACAAUCACAUUCACUUCAUAAUUCCAAUACAUCCACCACCGUGGGUUCCCGUUAAGUCUCAAUUUACUUGUCACAAUCACCAAUACGAAUACUACACUAAAUUUACUAUGUUAUCUAUACAUUGUUUACAACUAUCUCUCCAUUAACUAUACAGCAAAUACCCAACCCCCCAAUUCGCCAAUUAAAAUGGCAAAUGAACAAAAAAGAGCAACAAUGUCGCUAUUUUAUUCCUCACCAAUAAAGAAACAAAUAACUGCUUACUCAAAUUUGCCCUUAUUUAUAUAUGUUUUUAUUAUAUACACAAUAGUACCCUAUUCCCACCUUUAUUUUAUAUACAGGUAGUAUGCAAAUUAAAAGAACAGUUGAAAACUUAAAAUUUUCUUAACGAAUUUUCAUUGUUCGUUCACGUGAAAGUUAAAGCACAGGUCGACCUCCACUUGGUCGUGCGUACAAAUGAUUUGAGAUACCAAAACACGGUGUAUACGUUCAUUCGGCGAUAGCAUGACCGCUAGUUUCAUGAAAAGAUCUUCGAAAACCCAGGCAAAGCAGUAUAUCGGCGACUAAAACUGUUGUUACUUGUUUUCUAGAGAAAAGGCCUCUUCGAUUUCGAAGAUGUAGAACAUCAUUUAUGUUAAAAAAUACCCAGAAAGGGACAGUUUUAAGUCGGAGAAAUUGACCAUUUUACAACAUACCUCCUACCUGCAUGCGUGCAAUACCUUUUAAAGUAAGGCCUAAUCUGCAGGGCUGAAAAUCUCUUUUUUACUCAUGUCAAAGAAAGUCCCUGUGUCAGUGUCACUCGGUGCCCUGUGGCUACUUUACGCAUGGCAAGUACAUUUUUCCUAUUUGUUAUUCCAAACAAUAGUCCAAUCAAAUUUUGUUCGGCAGCCUUUUUGCAUAAAUGUGCCAAUUUGAUCGCGGGCAAGUGGAGGUCGGCCUUAACAAACCCCUAAAGGUUUCCACAACGCUAAAUGGCGUUUUGUCUAUAGUCAGGUGUGGGAGUCCUAGAUUAUACUAUCCCACUGGACAAAAAUUCACAUCGAAUGAGCUUCAAAUUUUGUCAAGACAUUUGGUAAUAAUGGCUGACUGAUUUUCAUAUACUAAAACUUGUAAAUUUGUGUGACAAUUUCAUUGUCUUGUCCUAAAACUAGCGUAGGCAAGUGAUGUUUAGCCAAAAUCCUUAUUGCAAAAAGCCUUCGAAGAUUUCGCCUUUUGUAAUGCAUACAUAAAUUUGAUGUUCAAUUGAUUUUACGUAUAAUGGAUCGUUUUUGUUCUAGUUAGC